AUGUCUUCAUCGGACAAUGCCUACGCUGCUGAACCAGCAUUUCCAAUUCUGGCUCAUACAUUACUAUCCAGUCAUACCACGACGCCUAGGAUAUCAGAGCAGCCCGAUGAGCCUGAUCAAUCAUCCAUCUGGAAUCUAAGGAAGGACAUCGACGAGGCAUUCAAAGGCCCAUCCAGCGUCUUCCGCUGUGGCAGAGUAAUCGGGUUUUCGAAACUGAAAAGGAGAGCUCAAGAAGACGAUGACCAUGAUUUUAUCGGCCAGCUCCCCCGCUACCUCCUCGCAAAGCAUCUACGCAACACAACACGCUCCCUACAACCAAAAGCCUUCAUAAUCCACCCACUAACCUUCGACCCAUUCUCCCCAAAACAACUCCUGGCUUCUCUCCUCGCUUCACCUGCAACACCACCCCUCUCCCGCAACGAAGCCAUAGCCCUGCUAGACCACGUCCAGCUCCUCCCCGUCUUCGACUUCCGCGCCGCAGUGCAAGCCAUCGGCCAAGUCGCGGACGCCCUGCAAUCAGCACCAGUGUCUACUGGGGAUGACGAGCACCCACGCACUCUCUUUCUCAUUGCAGGCCUCGACACGCUAACCGAGGACAUCAUCCGCUCCUCGAAUCCCGUGAAGGGCGCGGCGGCGCUGACCGUCGCGCUGCGAACGCUGACGCAGCUUUCAAAGGCGCAUGGCUCGCAUCUUGCUGUGAUGCUGGUUAACACGCGGGGACUUGGACCCGCGGCCGGCUUUCGCCCUAGCGCUGGGGGUGGAGCUGGGGCCGGGGCUGAGAGGCAGCAAGUUUCGCGCGGGGGCUUUCAGGCGUCAGUGGAGGACGAGGGCGUCUACUCCAUCUUUCAUGCGGGGACGCCGCUGCUGCCGAGUUUGUUGAUGAGGACCUUAGAUCAGGGUAUUGAUACGCAUGUUCUGCUUUCGAUGGUGAAGGAGGAUCGCGUUGCGGAGGUCAUCAAGGAUCGAGUGGGAGAGGGGGUGGGGAAGUGGUGCAUUUGGGACGAAAAGUCCACGAAUGGUUGA